AUGGCAACAUUCGUCUUGCUCCCAGCUUUACCAAGUCCUCUUUCAUUUACUAACACUGGUGAAAUACAGCUUCUCCUAUGGGACGACAAGGCCCAAAAGGAAGCAGGUGUCAUCAACGCCUCGACAUCAGUUCGAGGGGCCAAGAUGUCUAGCAAGCGAAUCGUUCUGGCCUUGAAGGACCGAGUACAAGUCCACCAAACCCUCAAACCCCGCACCCUUCUUACCACAUACGAAACGGCCGACAACCCUCUUGGCCUAUGCUGUCUCUCCUCGGAGCGCAUCGCUUUCCCGGGCAGAACGGUCGGCCACGUCCAGGUCGUGGAGGUUGAAACAGGCAGUGUCAGCAUCAUACCCGCGCACACGUCGGCGCUGAGGGCGAUGGCUUUGAGCCAAGAUGGCGAGCUGUUGGCUACCGCAAGCGAGAUGGGAACCAUAAUCCGAGUCUACGCAACAUCCAACUGUGCCCGCCUGCACGAGUUGCGCCGCGGCAUCGAUAAAGCCAUCAUCUUCUCCAUCGGCUUCAACCCGUCAGGCAACUAUCUAGCCUGCACAUCCGACAAAUCCACCCUCCACGUCUUUGACGUGCCUCGUCCCGGUGGCGGCACGGUGAGACCCACUGCCAGCAACGCCGGCGGCACUGCCCAUGCAGCCGGCGAACCCUCUAUGGGCACGGGCAACAACCGCCCCUCUAGCCCUUACUCGGUCGCAUCCAGCGGUGGUUACGGCGGCGGCGGUAGUGUCAUAGUUAACGGCACCAGCUUUGGCGGCAGCUCAGACAUGAUGGCCGCCGUCGUCACCGACGGCGGCCAGAGUCGCUGGGGCAUCCUCUCCAAAUUGCCCAUGAUGCCGCGCGUCUUUACAGACAAGUACUCGUUUGCCUCGGCCAGGUUCGAGAUGGCCGACGAGCCCGUGUCCAGCGGCAGCCGCGAGCCGGGUUCUCAGGGAAUCAUCGGGGGCCCACUCAAGGGCAACUUGGGCUGGAUCAGCGACACGGAGGUGGUUGUCAUUGGAGCUGGGAGAGAUCCCAAGUGGGAGAAGUUUGCGGUCCAGGAGGGCGGGCAGCAGACGGGAUACCAGGGUGGAGGAGGACGCAAGCUGGUCAGGGUUGCGUGGAAGAGGUACAGCGGGGAGACGCCUUAG